AUGAAAUUGUCAAUACGUAGAUCCUUACAUCAUCACAAACAUGAUUGGGAAGAGCAGCCUUGUGAUAACCUUUCUAUUGAUAGUCUAUAAAGUAAAGAAACACUUAAAAGUUAUAUUAGAUGUUUAAUCAGAAAUAUUAAAUGAUGAACCCAGUCCAUUCUCACUUCCAAUAUUUAUAAUACCACUAAUCUAUGCCAUAUUUAUCCUAAUUCUUAUGAUUCAAGUUUACCAUUAAUAACAACCAUAAAAAGAUCCAUCCAGUGCUUCUGCAACAUUAAAAACACUUUAAGAAAACCUAGCUUCAUCUCCAAUUCUUGAUAUUUAAAAUACCAUCCAAAUUAAUAGACUUCAUAGACAUUAUUAAAGUUGUCCAUAUGGAUUUGAAAUUACUACUAUUGGUACUUGGGAAGGAGUCAAUUCAGGUUAUCAAAUCAUAUUUAUUAUAGGUUGUCUAUGUUCAAAUGGGGAAUUAAAAGAUAGAUCCUAUUGUUUUACUCAUUUCAAAUCCGAUUGUCAAAGUGUUCCUUAUUAUAAGAGAUAAUAAUUUCAAUAUUGGAAAGGGGAUAUGUUAUGUGUUUAAUUUGCUAAAAAAUGGAAAUGGGUCGGUAAUUAAGAAUGUCCAUCCAAUUAUUAUAAAUGUCCUGCUGGAAUUUGCAUUUAAUCAUCUAAUUUAUAAUGUCCACUUACAGAUUUAAUUGAAACACAAACAUAAACUGAAAAAUAGAUUAAAAUUGGGUCAAAAUAUUUCAAUAAGUAUCGUAACGGUUCUACCCCUUUAAUUAAUUUUUAAAUUGUUCCUGGUGUUCAUCCAAACUCUAUGUGUUUUAAUUCUAAAGUAUAACCUAAGUUUUAAAGUGGUAAGUAUUAUCCUUUAGCAAUCGUUCCAGAAUAAGGAUGUGAUAAAUACGGAAACACAUUUAAUUACUCAAAAAUAAUUGAUUCAGAUUAUUAAUUAAAUGUAUAUGAUGACAAUGAUUUUACUAAUUUCUAAAGCAUACCAUAUUUUUUAGAUUAUAUCGAUAGUAUUGACACUUACACCUUAUAAUUAAUUAGUAGGAUUGCAAUAAAUUCAACAAAUCCAGAAUGUAAUAUUGUAGAUCCAAAUAGUAUUAAAAAUAUGAGAUUGCAAGGAGAAAUUAUCAACUCUUACAGUCGUUAUGUGAGUAAAAUUUCAAUAAUCUUAACAACUGCUUUAUUAAUAACUUCUUUGUUGUUUUAUUUACUUAGAGAUGUGACUUUCAUCAGUGUAGAUUUUACGAAAUUUUAACAUAUUGAAUAUUAAUUGAUUAUAACCUUCAUUUUAUGUAUGAGUAAUAUGGCUUUGGGUAUAAUUUAUUACACAUAAGCUGAUGGUUUAAAAGGAAUUGAUGGUUAGAACAGGAUAUUCCAUGAAUAUCAAAAAUAUAAUUGUUUUACAGAUGAAGGAAUUACAAUAGUAUUUAAAAUAAUUUAAAAUCAUAGGCUGUUAAAGAAGUUAUAUCAUUUGCAGAACAUUCAUAUUUAAAUACAGAGCCACUUGUGAAAGGAUGUUUUUAUGGAAGUAUAUUCUUCAUAGUAAUAAUAACUGUUUUAUUAUUUUUACAAUAUAAGAAAGUAUCAUAAUUCUUUGUUAAACCUUGGAAAAAAAAAUAAAAUUGA